GUGUUCCGAAAGUUCUAUACGACGCCGUAUGAAACAUUGUCUUGCAUCCUCUUUGCACUUGGAUUCUUCUGCGUUCGCUGCAUUGUGAAUUCAAAGGGAUCAUGGUGGUGUCAAUUGCAGGAUUCCGAAGCUCGUUACCCUUUUCUGGCCUAAUCAGAAAGCUUGAACAAGAGAUGGAAACUGUGGUUAAGGUGCUGCAGCCAGGACCGUUAGGAAUCAUAGAGCAUAAGUUUUCCUCUGAAGAGAUUCACAAGGCUAAUGCUACAGUCUCUAAAGCAGUUGCCAAUUGGCGAAGAAAUGCAACCCUGGAAGAUAAAAGCCAUAUUUUAAAAGAUUAUAUUAGCAAGUGAAGGUUUACAAUGAUAUCAGCCCUUACAAGUGAGAACAUUUUUACAAACGCUUUGAGGGAACUUUUUGAGUCAAUCCAAAUUUUAGUUCUUCCCAAAAAUUUAAUCGGAGGUGCAAAUUGUUUUCUUCACUCAUUUGUUCAGAUGUGUGAUCAAUCAGAUUUUCAAUUUUGUAUAUGCUAGUUGAUGAUAAGUUUGCAUAACUUGAGUUAAUAAUAUCCGAACUUUGGUGAACUUGUCAUUAAUUAUGUUUACUACAAUGACAAUAUGAAGUGACUUAGUGUGUUGUUGGAUUUUUGUCAGCCGGUUGGCGUUGAUUCAACAUGAAUAAAUCUUGCGGAUCCACGUUGAACUUAACUUGACAAGUUCUUGCUUCUCCGUGGGAACUCCGAGACAUGUGAAAUUAUGUUUGCAUUUGCAUGAAUGAAAAAUUAAACACACACUUUAUUUUGGUAUGA